AACUCCGUAAUUACGAAGGAUGCCGCGAGCGAUGUUGAAAAACUCAACUGAGCUGUUUAAUGAAGCGUGAACCUGCACACGCAACGCAACCGAUCUUCAAAACGAACAUGGACGAGAACGAAGUACGUGGCGAGGAUUUAGAUGCGAUUUUAGAUCUAUUGGAAAGCGAUUUUUUUGAAGAAAAGAUUUCAACUUUCUUAGAUGAAACUGUCGAAGAGAUCCAAAAUGGGAAAUUCCAGUGCUCCAUUUGCAGUAAAAAGUGCAAGUCAAAGACUGGUCUGACUCGCCAUAAAAAAUCAAAACAUCCCGAAAUGGAAGAAGGGCAACCAGAACCCAAAGAAUCAUUGAGCAGAGAAAGUAUAGCCACAAUGGUGAAUGAAAGCUGCAAGGACCUUUCUGAAGACCUUUGCUUUCCAACAGAUAUCUGCCAUAGUCUGGAAUCUUUUAGAUUUGUUUUAACAGACAUAAGCAACAAUCAGGACACCAUUUUAAAUGAGGUUUUGUUACAUUAUGAGUUGCUUGUUGGAAAAGGCAAUGUUGAGAAGUUUUUUACAAAGUUUUACUCAACAAUAAUUCCAAAAGCAACUAUACUAUUUGACCAACUGAGUGCAAAUGCAGCAACACUUCUUUGCACUAAGCUCGCUGAAAAAUUGGUAGUGUACAGCAAGAAACCUCCAAAAAGUGAAGGAAGGAUAACAGAGAAAAAACAAUUAUCCGAAAGAGAAAAAGCUGCUUUGCAAUAUCUAGGUGGAUAUGUGUUGCACAAUUUAAACAAGAAAAUUUAUAAAUCAAAGCAUCACAAAACACCACUUGGACUUCAACAUAUUGCCAUUUUGCAAGCAGGUCGCAGUGAAGAUACUGAUGCUAAUCAAAGAUUGGUUGAUGCAGUGAAUCGUGGUGGGCUUUGGAAAAUUACUGAUACUGUUGAAAAACUUUUUACUAUUGCAGAACUCUAUUUUCUUGCCCAUGUAAAUAAUUCUUCAAAGACAAUACAACUUGCAGUUAUUGUUGACAAGAUUUACAAAGACCAGGAGGUUCAAGGGAUGUACCAUGAGUGGACUGAACGCUGUGCCAUUCAAGUUGAUAGUGCUGGAAGUAAAGACCUUUUAACAAAUAUUUUGUCACUCUAUGUGAAGGUGAGAUCAUUCUCACAUGCUAAGGAUGUUGUCAACAAAUUUAAAUUUGAACAGAAAAAAGGCAAAACAAAAGCCCUGAGGAAGGAAAUUCAAAGAGAAACAGAAAAGCCAGCUGAAAAACUGAAAUGAACAAAGGGUCUAUAACCAAAACAAUCUAUUGUAAUGUUAGCUAUUAAAAACAUGUACUGCUGAAGAUAUAUAUGAAUUGGCAAUCUAAUCUUACUCUGGCCUCAUUUUUAUGUAGUCUAGUGGGUCUAGUAGCAGAUAAGGAAGCUGUAUGAUGUUAUCAGUAAACUUUGGACAUAACUUUGGACAUAGUGUCACUUUAAAUUAAGCUAUGGAAAAGAAAUGUGGGAAAACUGUAGAAACAAUUAACAAUUACAUUAAAUUUACGAAUAGAAUGAUGAUAUCUAUUCUAAUCAACAAACUAAAGCUGCUGUCUAAUAUUAUAGUGACAUUUAAUAAAAAUUUAAAAAAUUUGCUUAUUUCAUUUAUUUCCUUAAUUUUUUUAAAUUUGAGGUGGGCCAAAAUGAAAACAAUUGAUGACAGCAAUAAUAAUUUUAAAUUGGAAAUCCUUAAAUUAGAUUGGAGUUGCUUUACUAGAAAAUAGCAAGUUAUCGUGUGAACAGAAGCUGUGCAAGUAUCUUAGUUGAUUAAAAACAAUUAAAAAGUUCAUUACAUGUUGCCUUUUGCUUGUUGUUUCCGCUUCGGGAUUGGAUCAGGAAUGACUGUCUUCCACUUUGUCUCUGUUCUCUUUCUUUUCCUUCCUCUGGUAUUUCCCUCAACUGGGGAUAUGAAUCUUUGGAUUCGCAAUUUGUUAUCAUUGUACCCAAAGUCUCUUAGACUAGGAUUGUCACUUCUGCGACCAAGUCCUCUUUGGUGACCAAAAUAUUCUUCCACCGGAUCUUGGCACAAUUUGUUGGAUAGCACAUAAUCUACGCCAUUGGAAAGGAGGUAGCGGACCACACCAAUCAAUGAAUAAAUGCUUAUUUUCAUGCCCUCGUGUGUUUGCCAUGAUAUAAACAUCUUGGCACGUGAGCUUUCAUCAAAAGAACCUUCUCUUCUAGUUAUACUGUCCUUCCAGGAAGCAAAAUACCCUAAGAAAUCUUUCUCUAACCACAAAAACCUCUUGUCCUCAACAUCUGUAUAGGGAGAGAUAUUAUUAUUUCUUUGAAAAUGACUUUCAUUGGUACUUCUGCUAUUGAAACAGUCAAAAAAAUCAUUGACCAUUUCACAGUAUUUUGCAGUAGCCAGUGUGUUCCUCCCACCAAAUUCCUUUAGAACUGCUGCAACAGAUUUGCUCAACACUUGAGCAGCAAGGUUCACUCUCAUAAUGGAAUAAGAAUUCAGCUUUAUGUGAUCAAAUGUAAGCCUUGGCAAAAGGUGGAGACCAUUUUGCUGAUCUUGAUGAUACAUGCUUGCAAUGUGACCCCAUAAUAAUUCAUCACCAUUAUUCCACAAGUAUCUGCUAUAGCGUCCAGAUCCAGAAUUGAACAAACAAUUUCUGCAUGUCUUUAAGAGGUGAGGUGCAUCACUGAAGAAAAAUAUAUACCUUUCAUUGGC